AUGUAUAAUAGGAUUAAUUUGAAAAUAUUCACUGAUAGUGCUAUGCUAGAACCUACAGGGAAUAAUGUAGUGGAUAUACCUACCUUGAAACAAGACUGUGGUCAUGACGAGAAUAAACAACGAACAACUAACCAGUCGCGUUUGACCAACCCGCUUCCAUCACAUGAGACCAGUCAGACAGUUCCAGAGUCGUCUACAUCUCUACAAACUCCACGCAAUCCAAAUUAUCCUAAUCUUUCCUCUGGUCUAGUCUAUGAUAAUCAGUCUUCUAAUGUAUUGAAGGAAUCUUAUCCGUCUAAACUUCAUCCUCCGGUGAGGAAACAAACAAAUCUCGCAGAAUCAGAUCCAGUGUCUUUUGUUCAACUUUUAACGGAUAGAUUGGAAAAAGUGAGAGAAUCACGUGGAAAAGUGGAAAAGCUAAUGUCACUUGUCAAUCAGGUUGAUGGAAAACUCUGUAUAGAAUCUGGACAUACAUCUGUAUCCGUAUCAGCUUCACAUGAAUUGUUCUCUUCUACUGUUGUUGGACACAAUCCAUCACUUCAGUCAAACGAUUCUAAUUGGUGUCAACUAGACACUACAAUAAUUUCCCCUAUGAAUCCUCCUGUCAAUGAAACGAACUCUAUCCCUCUUACUCAGCAUGCCAUUCAUCCAUCAUUGACUGACGAUGCAAAGCAACUGACAAACAAAUCCCAGGAUGCUCAAGAGAUACUAGAUGAUCAUUGUUCGCGGAUAUGGGCAGAUGAAUUAGAACGCGAUAAGAAACGCUGUCGUAGACAGCUGAGUGAUUGUAGUCGUACAUCAGCUAACCAACUAUCCUCUGUAACACCAUAUCCUAUCCUAUCCGAUACACUCGUCCGUUCAAUGCAUGCUAGUCUUGUACGUAAUACUACGGAUUAUGAAUUGAUGAAACCAUCAUCUGGAAGAUGUAAAACAACUGCGACAGCCCGAUCAACAGUUACCUGUUUCUCUAACACAAGCAACAACAAUAGGACAAGUGUUUCGGACAGUUCGCAUCGUCGACGACACGCUGCCGGAGGUUAUCGAGGCAUGAAUCGACCGAACAAAUCAGAUGUUCGUUCAACAGCUUCGUGGGAUAGUGGUGUUGUGACAAGUAAUUAUGAAAUGAAAAAUCUUCAUCUCACCGAUACUGACGGGGACAAUGAUUACUUUGAUGCAGAGACCAGUUCAAUUCUGGAAGCUGCUAGUUUACAGGCAUUAUCUUCAUCCACUACGGAGUUGGCUCUUGUCAAUGGGGAGAGGCUGGAGCGAAAACAACAACAAUCUGGACAUUUUUAUGAACAACCAUCGUACAUACAAGGCUUCAAUUCUAAUUCUGCAUACGGUCCAACUUGUCAACAUUGUGCUAAUAAAAUUUCCUGUGAAUGGCAUCGUCUUCGUCAUUGUGUUCACCAUUGUUCUACACAGCCAGGUGCAAAUGAACACUUAUCCUCGCAGUUGCCGAUAAUGUCAAAUUAUAUUUGUAGUCAUCAGUCUGUUGAUAAGUCUAUGCCUAGUAGUUCUUGCCAUAGUCAAAGUUUUCCAACUGCUUCAGAUACUUCCAGCACUUUUGACUCGGGGAUAUCGUCGGCAUACGACCAGCUACCUUUACGAAAACAGACAAGUGCCCGAGAAAAUCGGAGCCAGAGUCUUCAUAAUUGGCAAUGA